UGCGCGGCGGGCAGUGCGGCGAGUGGAGAUCUCACGGGAGGAAGAGGAAUAUGACGGCAUCAUCGGAUCUUUUUCUUGUCGAGCUGUGAUCCACCGACCGCGCGCGAAUCUAACCGUGCUAACGUGAAGCUCAACAAACUCACACGCCGCCGUCUGAAAUCACAUUAGACGCACUUACGACGACAUAAGUAAAGUCGACUACAUAUGACCGAAAGUUAGGUGUGACAUCGCGCUUUCUUUCGUCUUCGCCGGAGGUCUUUGCGAAAGAAACAGCGAGGACAGCAUCCCUCGCGCGCUGUUUGUGGAAUUUUUUGGCGACACGAGGAGUAGAAUUCGACGCCGGGAUGGAAUUCGUCAACAACGGCACGCUCGCCGCUGCGAGCAACGCGACGGAGCCGCAGACGUGCAACCUGACGACGAUGGGCGAAGCGAACUUUCUCGAGUGUUCGCUGGGACUGCGAUACCCGCUCGUCACGCGCACGAUGCCGAUCACCGUCAUCUACAGCGUCAUCUUCGUGACGGGAAUCUUCGGCAACGUGAGCACGUGCGUCGUCAUCGCUCGCAACAAUCACAUGCACACGGCCACCAACUGCUACCUGUUCUCGCUCGCCUGCUCCGACAUCAUGAUCCUGCUUCUGGGCAUGCCGUUUGACAUCUACGUCACCUGGGAGCAGUACCCGUGGACGUUCGGUACGGCACUCUGCUUCAUGAAGGGCUUCCUCCUCGAGAUGACCACCAACGCAUCCAUCCUCUGCAUCACGGCCUUCACCGUCGAGCGCUACGUCGCCAUCUGCCACCCGAUCUGGGCGCACACGCUCUCGAAGAUCUCUCGCGCCGUGAAGAUGAUCACGAUGAUCUGGCUCGUCGCCUGCGCCGUCGCCAUCCCGCACGGCUACAUCAACGAGGUCAACUACCUGCAGGACGACGCUGGCAAAGACAUCAGCGCGUCGUCAUGGUGCGCUGUUGAUUUCCAGAGCAGCGACAAUGCUCAGCGGCAGCUCCUGCUCGUGCUCUUCGCGUUCUUCUUCUUCUUCUUGGUGCCGAUGAGCAUCAUCGCCGUGCUGUACGUGCGCAUCGGUCUCGUGCUCAGUAACUCCGGCCUCGUGCGACAGAACAGCGACGACAAGACGCCCAGCAACCGCGAGGCGAGAAAGGCCGUCAUCAAGAUGCUAGAAACUUUCGCAUCCAUCGGAAACCUCGGCACCAAAAUUUUUAAGAUCGCCAAAUCCGUCAUGCGGCAGCACACGCCGGCACUCAAAGCCAUUGCGACGGCUGCGGUGUUAGAACAAAGCCAAGGCAACCAAAGCACUGCCGCGCACCAGCUGUAA